AAGUCUCAACCCCGUCCCUACUUAACAAUUCCAGCCUACCAAACCAAAAAGACUGUUUUCUCUCUUCUCGUACUCCUACCUGGGAAAGAGAACGCCGCUGGACCAAAAACCCCCGCCCCAAGGUACUCCUGCUCCACCAGGGAAGAGCCAUGUCCAUCGUCGAGACCGCGGCGGCGGCGGCAACAGCAGCAGCGACUUCCGAGACGGCGCCCAUGUCGCCGGCGAAGAAUAAGACCGAGGCUUCCGGUUCGGCGGCGGCGCGGCGCCGCGGGUGGCUGCGCAAGCUCGUGACGCGGGAGUACCUUCCCCGCAGACGGCAGCGGAAGCAGCUAACAAGCUCUGGCUCCGGCUCCUCCGCCGCCGCCGCCGCGACCUCGGCUGCCGGCGGCGGAUCGUCGUACUCGUACAGGGGUCUCACGGCGGCGCUGUCGCGGUCGCUGCGGUGGAACCGGUUUCCGGGGCUCCUCAGCCUGCGCGGCGGCUCGGCUUCGGCUUCGGCUGCGCUGGACGCGGUGGCGUUCCGCGUGAUGUACGUCGUGGAGGCCGUCGUCCUCGGGCUCGCGCUCUCCUGCUUCUUCCUCUGCUGCGGCUGCCAGCUCUAAAGCUGGCCGCCUCUUCGAUCGCCCUCAAUUAGUUCUUCAAUUCUCUUUGUUUUAUUUAAUCCUCUCUGUUCUUUAGUUAUUAGUUCUUCUCAUUUCGAUAGAUUGGAUCAACCGCAGCCGCUGUAAAAUUUUCAAUCUUGUGGAACAAAACUUGGGGAAUUUGCAACCUGCUCUUGUUUAAUUUCCGUCUCUUCGUGGAA